GAGAUGUCCUCACUUGAGCUACGCUGCGUAAUCACGCUCAAGGAGAUUUUCUCUAUGAUGAUGAUUACGAGCUUCGUCGCAUCCUGACGCUGAGCUGAUGCACUUUCAAUUGCCUGAAGCUGCGUAUUUCUUCACCUAACUUACUGCCGUCUAUUCAGGAUUUGGGGUUGAAUUUACCAACUGCAGAAGUGUGACGAGGGUCAUCUUUGACUUAUUGCCAAAUUCAUGCUCUCUCGAUCGUUUCUUCGGAUGACUACUCCUACUUCUAGCACCUUCAGCAGUGCUGCAUCGUUCAUUUCAACAUCCGAAUGUAGACAAAUGGGGUCGAGACAAGGACAGUCAACUGUCGUAGUGCAACUGAUCCACUUUGAACGAAGAUUCCCUUCCGAAAACAGAGGAAGAGGUGGUAUUAGAAGGUAGAUGGUCGC